AUGUCGAACCGUGGUGGAGCUGUGAAAGUGAAGCGUGAAGAACGAGGCGGAGGUGGACGUCGAGACGACCGUAAAGACGAUCGGUAUGUUUGUUUCGUUUUGGUUUCCUGACUUUUAGGUGGAUUUACAUAUGAGUUGUGGCUCGUAAAGGGUGUUUAAAGAACUCAGAGUUAGCGACUUGACUUUCACCAAUUCUAAACCAGUUUUAUGGAGUUUUGACGAUAAUGAAAUCUUCUCCAUGAUAGCUAAUUUGAAAAAUUUGGAAUGUUUCUCUGUAUACCAUUAAUUUUUUAACAGCGAUUUUAGUAGCUGUUGGACGCUGUUUUAGCAUGCAUUACAACAUCAUAGUCUUUUAUUUGGUUUUGUGACUUAUAUUAUCCUUGAAAAGUUAUAGACGUUUUGGGUCAUAAUGAAAAUAACUCUUGUUGAGAGCUCAGAGAAAGGCAACUUGGGCUUUCAGACAACGUCAAAAAGUUUACUUAUCAAUGUUUUUUGGGGAAUGAGACCGUAUUUUAGGUUGAUCCUUUAAACAUACUCUUAUCCUUUACAUCUUCCUGUAGUUUGCGUUUAACGGUCUUACGAGGUAUUAAAUAGUGCUGUGAACUGUUGCAAUUAUAUUUCUAAGUCUAUCUUGUUAACAUACAGCGAAAAUUAUAUGAACUAUGAUCUGGCAAUACCUAAAGUUAGUUCGACCUUUGAUGGGUGUAACGUUUUGCGUAUCAAGCCGUGCCAAGAGCUUACAGAUCGGUAUUAUUGCUCCUUUCCAUAUUAUAACAUUUUUACAACUCUUCAACAUUUUCAAGUUUUUGAUUUAUCAUUUUUCAAGACCUGCAUUGAUCGUAAAUCCCCGUUUCUAACCCCGGUUUCAGGCCUCCAAAUCAAUCCAAACCCCGUCCGAAGAACGACGAUCGUCCGCGCGGAGGCGUUCCUCAGGGGGACUUCCGAAUGCCGGACAAGAAUGCGCAGAGUUUUACUCUUGAAAUACCGCGAAAGAAAUUCACCGGCAGAUGCCGGCUCUUUGUCGGCAACCUGCCGAAUGACUUGAAGGAGGAGGAGUUGAAGAAGAUGUUCGUCGACUUUGGAGAGAUCAACGAAUGCUAUCUCAGUGGAAAAGGAUUCGCUUUUCUCAGAUUGGUCAGCUAUUUUUUAUGGAUUAAUUGUAAUGAGUAUUCGGGCUGAGUGGGGGAAAUUUGGGGACUUAUUCGGGCAAAGAUGGGAAAUGGAAGGACUUUAUGGGGAAAGUGGUCAAUUCUGGGGAAAAGUGGGCUUCAUGGAAAUUCGACGGAGUGGAAUUUGACAGAGUUAAACUCGACAGAAGGAAACUCGACGGUAUGGAAAUUGGACGGGGGGAACUCAACAGAUUUUUUUCACUGCAAAAUACUAAUUCUCUAAUAAGAGAAAAUUCAGUAGUAACAUUUCGUACCAUUGCAAUGAAAAAGAAUUCGACAGAGUAUAGAAAUAGGAAAGUCGACGGGUUGUUUUUCAUUGCAACGGUACGAAAUGUCACUACUGAAUUUUCUCUUCUCAGAGAAUUCGUAUUUUGGCCUCGUGGAAACUCGACAGGGGGGAAAUUGGACAGAGAGAAACUCGACAGAGGAAAAUUGGGCAGAGUAUGGAAAUUGGACAGGAGGAAAUUGAACAGAGGGAAACCCGACAGAUUUUUUUCAUUGCGAUCGUAUCACCAUUACAUUUUUUAUCAACUAAUUCGUACGAUUGCAGUGAAAAGAUUCUGUCGAGUUUCCCUCCGUCCAGUUUCUCCUUGCCCAAUUUCCAUAUUCUGCCCAAUUUCCUUCUGUCGAGUUUCACUCUGUUCACUUUCACUCUGUCGAGUUUCCAUGAAGCCAAUAUUUUGCGGUGGAAAAAUCUGUCGAGUUCCCCUGUCGAAUUUCUAUACUGUCGAAUUUCCAUCUGUCAAGUUUUACUCUCUCAAAUUUCACUCUGUCGAGUUUCCAUGAAGUCGAAAGGGAAACCUUUAUAUCCAUUAUUUUGGCUCUUUAUUGUUUGUAUAGGUAUUGAAGAUUUUUUCUUCGACUCUUCAAAUUUUAUUUUUGGGGUUCUUAUAGAACUUUUUCAUAAUUAUUUAUAAGAACUCUUCUACUUUUUGCGGCGCGCGAUGACUUUUGUAACACACCUUUGUUAUGACGACUGAGGAUCAGAUCAAUGGCAAGUGGGGGCUGAAAGUGGAGCUUCGGUUUCGCCUAUGGACUAAAUACCACUGCAAUUUUGGCUCCGGCCUCACGUAUUCGGGCGUAAAAGGGGUUGUGGACUUUGUGAACUUUGUGUGCUAAUUCGGAAGCAAUGGAUCCGAAGUGGAGUAAAGGUGUUAACUGACUAACGUUACUGGACUAUUUACUACAAAGCGACCGAAGCUCCGGACGAACGAUAAAUGAAUGGAAUGAAGCUGAAGUAUCGACACGAUCGCGGCUCGCAGAGUAUUUAUCAUGGGGGUAGAAACGGGACCUGAAUGUUUUUGGGGUUUUCUGGGGGUUAUAAAACUUUGGAUAAAUAUGAUUCGGGUUGAUCAGAAAUUGGAUUCAAAUGCAUCCCGAAUGCAAUAAAAUUCAUUUCUUUGUAUCCCUUCUCUGACUGAAAAUACAAUGACGGAAUUGGUCCAGUGGCAAAAAACGUACAAUUUUGCAUCCGCGAAGUAUCAAAAAAUGUAGCAAAAUGCCUCCCUCUCCAAGUGAAAAAACUUCGUUUUGAAGGACGCGCCCUUUCCCUCACAUAAAAACAGACACGCUUUUGAAAUAUAGGAGUUUUUUUCACUUGGAGAGGGAGGCAUUUUGCUAAGUUUUUUGAUACUUCCCGGAUGCAAAAUUGUACGUUUUUUGCCACUGGAUCAGGUCCCUCACUGUAGCUUUCAGUCAGAGAAGGGAUGCAAAAGAAUGGAUUUUAUUGCAUUCGGGAUGCAUUUGGAUCCUUUUGGCUGGAUUAUCCUUCCCCGAGUUUAGGGUGUUAUUUGAAUAGAAGGGGAAGGGAAAAGAUGGGCGCCUGUGGGUUAUAUACAGUGGCAGACCUGAUCCAUUGGCAAAAACGUACCAUUUUGGAUCCGAGAAGUAUGAAAAAUGCGGCAAAAUACCUCCCUCUCCAAGUGAAAAAACUCCGAUUUCAAAAGCGCGCCUGCUCUUUUUGUGAGGGAAAGGGCGCUUUUCAAAACGGAGUUUUUUAAUUGUAGUGGGAGGUAUUUUGCCACAUUUUUGAUACUUCCCGGAUGCAAAAUUAUACGUUUUUUGCCAUUGGAUCUGGUCCCUUACUGUAGGUGAAUAGUUACUUGAGAUAUGAAUUCUGGGGUUUUUGAUAUUACACUUGGAAUGUAAGAUGAAUUUUGGGGAUUUUUGCCAACUUUAUGGACUCUAUUCCGACUAUAAUUGGACGUUAGCCUGCCUUCUUUGACAAACUUUGUGUACAGUUAUUAUUAUUGCCAUUUCAGGACACUCGCGCCCAUGCCGAAGCGGCCAAGGAAACCCUCGACGGGAAGACGGUCAAAGGCCGCCAACUUCGCGUCCGUUUCGCCGUCCACGGCGCUGCCCUCAGGGUGAAGGAGCUGUCGGCAUGUGUGUCAAAUGAAAUGUUGUACCAUACGUUCUCGGUGUUUGGCGAAGUUGAACGAGCCAUUCAUAUCGUGGAUGAGCGCGGAAAACCGACCGGAGAAGGAAUCAUUGAAUUCGAAAGAAAGUCAUCGGCCCAAGAAGCCUUGAAGAACAUUGAAGAGAGGGUUUUCAUCAUGUCUGCGUAAGUUUUUGAGGUGGUUUUGGGAGAAUGGUGCCUUGUUUUAGGUAAAAAUUGAAGAUUUUUUGUGGAAUUUUGGUUUUUGAGGAAUCAAUUGGACCUUAUUUUAGACAAUUUUGAUUUUUUUUGAGGUUUUUAUAUUUUUUUAGAUUUUUUGAGUAAUACAUUGAUUUUUUUAGCCAAUCCCAUCCGCUCCGCGCUGAAAUGUUGGAGCCGAAGGACGACGAAGAUGGUCUGGCCGAGCGAAUGAUCCAGCGAACUCCUCAAACUGUGAAAGAAAGAGAAGUGGCCCCUCAUUUCGCCGACCUCAAAUCAUUCGAAUUCGUUUACGGCCAACGCUGGAAGGAGCUGUAUCGUCAGGAGAAUGAACGCCGCGCCCAGUUGGAAGAGGAAUUGAAAGCAAAACGACGUCAGUUGGAAGCGGAUUUGGAAAUUGAAUACGAAGAUUAUCGCGCUCAGAUGAUCCGCGAAGACUUGGAACGCCAGAAGCGAGAGUUGGAACGCUUGGAGGCACUGAAGAGAGAAAGAGUCAGAGCCUUCCCUCAGGGACCUCCGAGAUUCCCAGGCGACGAUGGCCCCCAUGGCCGCCCACCACCGACUUAUGGCCGCGAUCCGGGCCGCGGAGGCCCGGAUUUGGAUGUAAAUAAGAUCCUGAACAGCUUCAGAGGAGGCCCCGAUAUGGGACCACCAAUGGGAUUCGAUCCACACGCCAUGGGCGUACAAAGGAGCCUUCAAAAGGUAGGAUUUGGAAAGUUAGAGCUGUUUAUAUUGUAGUAGGUAGAAGUGGUGAGAUAUUUGGAAAGAAGGAAUUUGAAGUGUCGGAAAGGUACUUUGAAAGUUAUUUUUAGCAGUUUGAAGACAAAAUAUUCAAAAAAUUUUAUGGAAAUUUGAAUUUUUGAUGUUAUACUUGCCGUUUGUUGACCUUGGUCCCCCUGUUGAUUUUUUAAAAUUUUUAGAAUUGGUGAGAUAUUGGGGAAAAAGGGAUUUGCCACGUUAGAAAGGUACUUUGGAGUUACUGUUUGCAGUUUGAAGACAAAAUAUUCAAAAAGUUUUUAUGAAAAUUUGAAUUUUUGAUGUUAUACUUGCUGUUUGUUGACCUUGGUCCCCCCUGUCGAUUAAAAAAUUUUUUUUUGAAAGUUUUUGUUUUUAAAUUUGCGAAGGAGGUCUAUAAAGGCUUGAGCAAUAUUCUAAUAAUUAUUAUUUCAGAGUCUUGGCCUCGGUGAACCCCUAGGACCCCCUCCAAUGGGCCCUCCUCCAGGUGGCCCCGGCCCUUACGGAGCGCCUCCUCGCGGCUUCUUCAAUGGCCCACCCGGAUUCCCCCCUGGAAUGGCCCCACCAGGAGGCCCAGUCCCACUCAGCAGUCUCGGCGGCCACGACUACAGACCUGAUAUUAAGCGGCAACGGCGUUAA